AGAACUUGUUGCCAGUGGCCAACACCUAGUGUAAGCGUGGCUGUGUAUCGAGUGAAAACCUCGAGAGCUGCCAGUUGAAGAUAUAAACCAAAUUUUAUAAAAUUUAGUUUUAGUGGAAACACAUACGCAAUAUGGCGCGUGUGUUGCCAAUUUUCUCUAUAUUUUUGCUGUGCUGUGCGCUGGCAACUUGCCAGGACUCCAGAGACAAACUUGAGGGCGUAGAUGUUGAAGAGGUGUGCUCCGACAGACCCGCUGAUGAGUACUUCCGUUUGGAUACAGAAGGCGAUUGCCGUGAGGUUUACAGAUGUGACAACGCCGGUGAAAAUGGCAGCACGCGCCUAGCCAAUAUUAAAUGCGCUGGCGGCCUGGCGUUCGAUAUCACACGGCAGACAUGCGAUUGGAAGUCGAAUGUCAAGAAUUGUGAUCAACUUGAGAAACCACGAAAAGUCAAGCCCAUAUUGAAGACUGAUGAGCCCAUCUGUCCAGAGGGUAAACUGUCCUGCGGUGAUGGUGAAUGUCUCGACAAAGAGCUUUUCUGUAACGGCAAGCCCGACUGCAAGGAUGAAUCCGACGAAAACGCCUGCUCUGUGGAUGACGAUCCAAACCGCGCGCCCGAGUGUGACCCCACACAGUGCGCAUUGCCCGAUUGCUUCUGCUCUGCUGAUGGUACCCGCAUUCCCGGCGCCAUCGAACCCGUGCAGGUGCCACAGAUGAUCACGAUCACCUUCAACGGUGCCGUUAAUGUGGAUAAUAUCGAUUUGUACGAAGAUAUUUUCAAUGGUCAACGCCAGAACCCGAACGGCUGCUCAAUCAAGGGCACCUUCUUCGUUUCGCACAAAUAUACGAAUUACUCAGCUGUGCAGGAUUUGCAUCGUCGUGGCCAUGAGAUCUCCGUCUUCUCGCUAACACACAAAGAUGAUCCGAACUACUGGAGUGGCGGCUCAUACGAUGAUUGGCUUGCCGAAAUGGCUGGCGCUCGUUUGAUUAUUGAACGUUUUGCGAAUAUCACUGAUGGUUCAAUAAUUGGCAUGCGUGCUCCAUACUUGCGUGUUGGUGGCAAUAAGCAAUUCGAAAUGAUGGCCGAUCAAUUCUUCGUGUACGAUGCUUCAAUCACUGCUUCGCUGGGACGUGUGCCCAUCUGGCCCUACACACUGUACUUCCGCAUGCCACACAAGUGUAAUGGUAAUGCACAUAAUUGUCCAUCGCGUAGCCAUCCAGUUUGGGAGAUGGUCAUGAAUGAGUUGGAUCGUCGUGAUGACCCGACUUUCGAUGAAUCGUUGCCCGGUUGUCAUAUGGUGGAUUCAUGCUCGAACGUCGCCUCAGGUGAGCAAUUCGCGCGCCUUCUGCGUCACAAUUUCAACCGUCACUACAACAGCAACCGUGCUCCAUUGGGUCUGCACUUCCACGCCUCGUGGCUCAAGUCCAAGAAGGAGUAUCGCGAUGAGCUGAUCAAGUUCAUUGAAGAGAUGUUGACGCGUAACGAUGUCUUCUUCGUGACAAAUCUGCAAGUUAUUCAAUGGAUGCAGAACCCAACUGAACUCAACUCGUUGCGUGAUUUCCAGGAAUGGAAAGAGAAGUGCGACGUCAAGGGUCAACCCUACUGUUCGUUGCCCAACGCGUGUCCAUUGACGACGAGAGAACUGCCCGGUGAGACACUGCGUCUCUUCACCUGUAUGGAGUGCCCUAACAACUAUCCAUGGAUCUUGGAUCCUACAGGCGAUGGUUUCUCAGUUUAAGUUCGUUAGUAGAUUAGAAAAGAAUACACACACACUCACACACACACACAAAAUGUAGAAAGCAGAAGGAAGAAAAUUUUAGUAAUUUAUACUUAAGCCCGGAAGAAGUUUUACAAAUUCUAUUUUAUUACCUUUAUUUGUAACUUAAUAAUUUGCAACUCGUAGUAGUUCCACCGAGAGUCUGAUCUAUUAAACAAAAGAAAAAACUAAAUUUUAAAUGUAAUGAUUUCUUCAAAAUGCAAAACGAAACAUUGUUACCGUGGAAAUACUCAUUCUUCCCCUUUUCGUGCCUUCUUUUUCUAAAAUUUACUUUUCCAUUUCUCUGAACUUUAUCCUUAACACUUUUUCUUCACAGUUUAUUGAAGACCUAAAGUUCUGUUCUAUUUCUUCGCUCAACUGUAUCUAAUUCUUCUAUUCUAAUUUUAAACUAUCCAACAGUACCUCCACUUCUUCCUUUUCUACUUAUUACUUCCUUCAUCUAACUUUAUUUAUUUAUCGCUCCCUACCAUUCUUUACACUUUCCAUACUUUCCUGAAUUGCAUUCUUGCUCUCCAUCAUAGUUUUCCAUAUGACUAUCCUUCUAGUGUAUGAAAUUUCUUGUACAAAGUGAUAUAU